CUAGGGCUGGCGGGGGUGGUUUGAAGGAGGAGAGAAACAAAGAGAAAAGGAAACCCGCUCCGGCCGGGCUGGGCGGACUCGCCUGCACCUCGCCGAGCGGAGCCGCCGCUGCGGGCCGCCCCGGGUAGCGGCCGCCACCCACCAGUCGCGGGGAGCGGCGGCCCCGGCGAGCCCCGGCCCGGCCUGACUUCCUGGCUGUGCUUCAGUGGUGGGUGACUGAAGGUAGUCGUCUCGGCAUCCCCGUGAUAGCAAUAAUGUGAAGUUUAAUGAGCACCUGCAAAGGUGUGUAGCAGGGAAGGAACUGCCAUGCCUGUGGGAAUCUUCCGGGUGUGCCUAGUGGUGAUUACAGCCAUUGUCAACCACCCGCUGCUCUUCCCUAAAGAGAAUGGCACUGUUCCUGAGAGCACCGAGGAGAUCAUCCAGAAGAUGAAGGAGCGGGAGCAGAGCCUGCGGCUGGAGCAGUUGCGCCUGGAGCAGGAAAUCGCAGCCCAAGAAGCCAGAGAGAAGAGCGCGGAAAAGGCUACAGAGGUGGUGGAGGAAAGCACAGAGGAAAAGAUCCGAUGGGAUAUGUGGACUGCCCUUUCUAUGGUUAUCUUCCUGCUGAUUGAGCUCUGGAGGCAGGACUUCCAGGAAGGAAACUGGCAGGACACGGGAGGAGAAGAAGAUGACAUGGCUGUCCUGGGGAAAGCAUUUAAAGGAGUGGCCUUCCCUGACAAGGCUGUCUUGGCCAGCUUCUAUGAGAAGCGCAUCCUGGCUACCACUGGAGACAUGGCCAGGAUGAGGGAGAUGGUGGAAGGCUUCGCAGAUGACCUGCUGGAGGCCUUAAGGAGCGUUUGUAACCGGGAUGCCGACAUGGAAGUGGAGGACUGCAUGGGUGUGGGGAGCAUGUACGAGAACUGGAGGGUGCGCAAACCUUUCGUCUGUGAUCUGAUAGUGCCUUUUGCCCCGCCAGAGCCAUACUGCUUUCGGUCCCAGACCUGGUGCUCUGGCGACUCGUUUCCUCCAGAUGAACAAGGCUAUGGCACUAUCAAGGUGUGCAGGGCAAAUGAGGAUGUGGCAGGUUGCAUAUGUGACAAGACUAAACUAGGGGAAGAUAUGUUGUGCCUCCUUCAUAGCCAAGCCAAUACCACCAGGCCCAGCAGUGAGAUGGAAGACCUCCUGUGCUUCAAAAAUACUCAGUAUCUGGAUGCUGACCAAGUCAUGAAGUGGUUCCAGAUCGCGGUUACCAAGGCCUGGAACAGAAUCUCCCACAAGUAUGAAUUUGACCUCUCCUUCAGCCUCCUGGACUUGCCAGGAGCCCUGAAGAUCAAAUUUAGGUCGGGAAAAUCAAUUGCCUUCAACCUCACCCCUGUGGUGCAGUACGAGAACUCUGACGUUUACUUCAUCUCUCAUUUCCCUCGGAGUGGCCUGGCAGCAGACCUUCCCUCCAGCACUCACUGGUUUCUCACUUUCGCAGUGUAUGAGAGGAGGUUCAUCCAGCUGAUCUCCAAAACGCUGCCUGCCAAUGCCUGCCAUGUCAGCUGCCUUCAAAUCCUCUCCUUCCUCCACGGGAAGCAGUGCAGCCUCACAGGUCCGAGUGGACUCACCAACUACCACCUGAAGACAGUGAUGCUGCACCUCCUGCAGGCGUGUCCCAGUCAGGACUGGGCCCCAGAGAAGCUGGAGGCCCGUCUGCAGGACAUGCUGAAAUUUCUGGAGAAAUGUUUGCAUGAAAAGAAGCUCCACCACUUUUUCAUUGGCAAUGGGAAGGUACCAGCAGAGCUGGGCUUCCCCGUCAUAUUCCAGAGGGCUGAGCCUCUCAACCUUUUCCGUCCCUUUGUGCUACACAGGGAUGUUUACAGGAAAACAGUGGACACAUUCCAUGAGAUGCUCAGGAACAUGUCUGCACUGAUCAACGAGUACACAGUGCACAUUCCUCAUGCACACACCAAUGGGAUCCAUAAGGAAUCCUUUUAACCAAGGCUGGCAGAAAAACAUCUGUUCCUCUAUGCACAAGUCCACAAGGCAGCUUUCUGAAGCUUCCUGGAGACAACUGACUGUGCCAGUACAACUUCUUGUCUGUAACUGGUCCUAGGCCAUCGUUUCUUCAGUAGGGGAGAGGGGAUGGGGGGAGGAUAGGGAAAAACUGGAAGGUGUGGUAUAAAAGUCUCUGCUCCACUGGUGUGCUGGCUGGGGUUUAUGCAGCUAAGAAUAUAUUUUUCUAUUGUGCCUCAGUCACACUACAGUGGUGGUGAGCAACAAACACAACUAAUUUAUUCAAAUGCCUGCAAUGCAAGUGGUGGUGGUGGCCAUAUAAUUAAUUUCCUUUGGAAAGGGGAGGUAAGAAAAGGGUGAAGGAAUCAGAAACAGGAUCUUAGGAUUGCAGGAGCUUGUCUGCUUGCAGGCAGCAGAAGCUCUGUGACCAGUGCAAAGCACAUUAUAAGACUCGGUGCUGAUGUGGGGAACAGGAGGGGCACGCACAAGAUCUGGGCUGGAUGGAGAUCCUUAAAUCAACCACAGCUCUGUAAUCAGAAGGGAACUAGUUAUUUUUAAAAAGCCUUCUUGAUAGGACUUGUAGCAAUAAUUUAAAUGGCUUGUCCUGUCCUGCAGAAACACUUCUGCACCCUGCACAUUCUUCUGCUUGAGGAGGUUGUAGCAGAGCAGGCAGCAGGGUCUGUGUCUUCAGACCAUUUCAUUCUAGUCUUCAGUUUUCAUCAUGGUAACAUGGCUAAUGGGUUGUAUUCCUGACCAUUUUCUAUGGAUACAUGGACAGGAACCUUUUCACCUUAGAUACAACAGAGAAACACCAUUACGAGCUUCUGGCAUUUUUGUUGAUUUGUUUGUUUUCCUUACCUUGGGGCAGCAAGGCUGAGAAUGGCCAAGAGAGGAAGGACUACUAUGGGUUUUGCUUUUCUGAAAGAAAAGGUUCUCCAAAAUUAGUUUGUAAUGAAGCCAAUCUCACCAGUCUGAUAACAAGAGGGAACAAUCACCCUCCAAAUGAGAGUGUGACUCUCCCAGCAUGGUUUUGAUGAGGCCAAGGCCUGCUGGAUGGCUCUGAGCUAGAGCUAUCCUGCUAGGUGGUGCACAGGGUUAGAGAUGCACAUGCAGCAGGGCUUGGCAGUGCUGUCUCUGCAGCUGCACAUGUCUGCAGCACAUCCCUUCUGCUCCCAGAUACCCAAGCAAAAGCUACCUGUUUGCCUCCAUAUAAUGUCUCAUCAAUCCUUUUGAAGACUGCUGCUCUGAUGAGGCUCAGAGGAGCUGCUAAUAGCAGACUGUAAUUUGCUGAGUCAGGAAAGUGAUGGGGAAAAUGACAGCUUCUGCAGGCUUUCAAGCCAGGGGAGAAUCUCAAGGCAUGUGCUAAAAACCCCAAUGCAGAAAUGAUGCCUGAAGUCCCUCAGGAAGCAGGAUGUUAGUGCCAUUCUAGUGGGCUUCUCGGCCCUGGUGAGGUGGCUUUGUUGGAAGAGCAGGUUCAGCAGUUCCUCAUCAUCUUUCAUGUGCUUCAUACAGGUUCCACACU